AUGGACAGAUACUGGGCGGCACCGCCAGUUAGCAGAACACUGACAGCAGCUACAUUUAUCCAGUCAGUCCUGGUACAUGGAGGAUUUUUGGAUGGCCGCCAUGUUAUAUUCUACAUGCCGAAAAUAUUCAAAAUCCUGCCACAGCUAUGGCGACUGUUGACGCCGUUCAUCCUGACUGGAGGCGGGCUUAGCUUCUUCCUCGACCUAUACUUCCUAUACUCAUACGCCAGUGAUAUAGAGGUCAAUUCGCCUCGUUUCUCAGGGCCGGGUGACUUUGUCACCUAUGUGAUUUUCGUAGCUAUCGUUAUCCUGUUAACCGCGGGCUUGUACCUGCAAUCCUAUGUCUUCCUCGGAGCCUUGUCUCUUGCCUUUUUGACUACUCUCUCCCAAGAUAAUGCUGGCAAGAAGAUGCCUUUUAUUAUUUUCCAGCUUCCGGCUGAAUACUUGCCUUUCGCCAGUCUUAUUGCAACGCUUGUCCUUUCCGGCCAACACGCCGCGCUCACCCAAGCUUGUGGCAUCCUAGCAGCCCACCUUUAUGAAUUUCUAACACGAAUCUACCCUAACUUUGGAGGAGGGACCAACUACAUCCGUACACCUCGCUUCAUCCAGAACUUAUUUAGGACAAAUAAGUUGGUCCAGGCACAUGGUGGUUACCGCAUGUAUCGCCCACCAGCAAAUGAUACCUCAGGCCCAAGCACUGGCCAGUCCAGCGGUAACUGGUUUUCUGGCAUGGGAGGGUCAUGGCAAGGUAGAGGAGCUGGUAGGAAGUUGGGCAGCGGUUAA